AUGGGAGAUGAUUUACUUGAAUUCCGAGAUCGAAUUUCUCUUGCUCUUUGCGCUAAUCGACCCGAAGAUAUCAUCUCCAUCUCGAAAACUUAUUUAACAACCUUUCGCGAUAUUCCUCCGAAUGAUCGUCAGACGGUUUACUCGACUUACCAGAAACUUAUUCUUGAUUUCAACUUCAAAUCGUAUUGGAAAUUGAUUUCCACAGGAUUGAAAGAGAAGAUCGAACUGGAAUACUUGGAAUCGAUUGAAAACGAAAUCGAUUAUCUUUGUAGUGAUAUUGUUGAAAUGAUCGAUAAUUAUUUCCUCGCUUCGACGCUCAAUGAAGAUUUAGAUAUUAUUUACACAUUGCGACAACGUGCGGACUUUCUUUUCUUUAAUUCUUCGAUUGCAAGACCAGCGACAAAACAAAUUAUCCUUCAAUCGGCUUUGCGUUCAUACACAGAAGGUGUCGAACGAUCGCGUUUAACAUUAGCAUUCAAUGAACCUGAACGAGUGUUAAUUCAACUUCGUAAAUGUGCUUGUGAAGUACAAUUAUCCAAUGGAAUUUGUUCUUCGGAAACAUAUUUCGAAUUAGUCAAUGAGAUUCAACAAAUGAAAUCUUCAUCAGUAUCAUGUGAUCCACAACUUAUCGAACAAAUGGAAUCUUAUCGUUUAGAAUUAGACAAAAUUCGACGUAAAUAA